ACAGAAUGUACUGUGCUGAAAUAUUUAAGGUCAGCCGUGGAUAUUGAAUGUUGCCGCUGAUGAAAUAAUUUGAUUUAUGAAGCCCACCUAUCAGUAGUAGCUAAUGUAAACAACAUCACAGCAUACUGCAAUGCAAUACACGGAUGUCUUAUAACAAAUAUCUUCAUCACUAGAUCUAGUGUAAUCAUGUUCUUGGGAGUAAGGAAGCAGGCAAAAUAAUCCUUAUUUUUUGUGAAAAUAAACGUCAAUAAUUCAUAAAUCAAACGUAUAGAGAACCUCAAUUCUUCAUAACCUCAAAACAUCCAAACUCAUUACCACUCUUUAAAUUGUUUUACUGCACCAAUUUAUAAAAUGACGUGUCAUAUCAGUAAGACAACGUAUAUAUACACAUUUAGUUGCUAGGCCUCCAUUUUCUCUUUUCUAUUGCACAAACCUUCGCAACAUGCAGAUCUUCGUGAAAACAUUAACUGGCAAGACAAUAACUCUGGAAGUCGAGCCGAGUGAUACGAUUGAGAAUGUGAAAGCCAAGAUCCAAGAUAAAGAAGGUAUCCCACCAGACCAGCAACGUCUAAUCUUCGCCGGGAAGCAACUGGAAGAUGGUCGAACAUUGUCUGACUACAAUAUUCAGAAGGAGUCGACUCUUCACUUGGUUCUCCGUCUUCGUGGUGGUAUGCAGAUAUUUGUGAAAACCCUGACUGGUAAGACGAUAACUUUGGAGGUUGAGCCGAGUGAUACGAUUGAGAAUGUGAAAGCCAAGAUCCAAGAUAAAGAAGGUAUCCCACCAGACCAGCAACGUCUAAUCUUCGCCGGGAAGCAACUGGAAGAUGGUCGAACAUUGUCUGACUACAAUAUUCAGAAGGAGUCGACUCUUCACUUGGUUCUCCGUCUUCGUGGUGGUAUGCAGAUAUUUGUGAAAACCCUGACUGGUAAGACGAUAACUUUGGAGGUUGAGCCGAGUGAUACGAUUGAGAAUGUGAAAGCCAAGAUCCAAGAUAAAGAAGGUAUCCCACCAGACCAGCAACGUCUAAUCUUCGCCGGGAAGCAACUGGAAGAUGGUCGAACAUUGUCUGACUACAAUAUUCAGAAGGAGUCGACUCUUCACUUGGUUCUCCGUCUUCGUGGUGGUAUGCAGAUAUUUGUGAAAACCCUGACUGGUAAGACGAUAACUUUGGAGGUUGAGCCGAGUGAUACGAUUGAGAAUGUGAAAGCCAAGAUCCAAGAUAAAGAAGGUAUCCCACCAGACCAGCAACGUCUAAUCUUCGCCGGGAAGCAACUGGAAGAUGGUCGAACAUUGUCUGACUACAAUAUUCAGAAGGAGUCGACUCUUCACUUGGUUCUCCGUCUUCGUGGUGGUAUGCAGAUAUUUGUGAAAACCCUGACUGGUAAGACGAUAACUUUGGAGGUUGAGCCGAGUGAUACGAUUGAGAAUGUGAAAGCCAAGAUCCAAGAUAAAGAAGGUAUCCCACCAGACCAGCAACGUCUAAUCUUCGCCGGGAAGCAACUGGAAGAUGGUCGAACAUUGUCUGACUACAAUAUUCAGAAGGAGUCGACUCUUCACUUGGUUCUCCGUCUUCGUGGUGGUAUGCAGAUAUUUGUGAAAACCCUGACUGGUAAGACGAUAACUUUGGAGGUUGAGCCGAGUGAUACGAUUGAGAAUGUGAAAGCCAAGAUCCAAGAUAAAGAAGGUAUCCCACCAGACCAGCAACGUCUAAUCUUCGCCGGGAAGCAACUGGAAGAUGGUCGAACAUUGUCUGACUACAAUAUUCAGAAGGAGUCGACUCUUCACUUGGUUCUCCGUCUUCGUGGUGGUAUGCAGAUAUUUGUGAAAACCCUGACUGGUAAGACGAUAACUUUGGAGGUUGAGCCGAGUGAUACGAUUGAGAAUGUGAAAGCCAAGAUCCAAGAUAAAGAAGGUAUCCCACCAGACCAGCAACGUCUAAUCUUCGCCGGGAAGCAACUGGAAGAUGGUCGAACAUUGUCUGACUACAAUAUUCAGAAGGAGUCGACUCUUCACUUGGUUCUCCGUCUUCGUGGUGGUAUGCAGAUAUUUGUGAAAACCCUGACUGGUAAGACGAUAACUUUGGAGGUUGAGCCGAGUGAUACGAUUGAGAAUGUGAAAGCCAAGAUCCAAGAUAAAGAAGGUAUCCCACCAGACCAGCAACGUCUAAUCUUCGCCGGGAAGCAACUGGAAGAUGGUCGAACAUUGUCUGACUACAAUAUUCAGAAGGAGUCGACUCUUCACUUGGUUCUCCGUCUUCGUGGUGGUAUGCAGAUAUUUGUGAAAACCCUGACUGGUAAGACGAUAACUUUGGAGGUUGAGCCGAGUGAUACGAUUGAGAAUGUGAAAGCCAAGAUCCAAGAUAAAGAAGGUAUCCCACCAGACCAGCAACGUCUAAUCUUCGCCGGGAAGCAACUGGAAGAUGGUCGAACAUUGUCUGACUACAAUAUUCAGAAGGAGUCGACUCUUCACUUGGUUCUCCGUCUUCGUGGUGGUAUGCAGAUAUUUGUGAAAACCCUGACUGGUAAGACGAUAACUUUGGAGGUUGAGCCGAGUGAUACGAUUGAGAAUGUGAAAGCCAAGAUCCAAGAUAAAGAAGGUAUCCCACCAGACCAGCAACGUCUAAUCUUCGCCGGGAAGCAACUGGAAGAUGGUCGAACAUUGUCUGACUACAAUAUUCAGAAGGAGUCGACUCUUCACUUGGUUCUCCGUCUUCGUGGUGGUAUGCAGAUAUUUGUGAAAACCCUGACUGGUAAGACGAUAACUUUGGAGGUUGAGCCGAGUGAUACGAUUGAGAAUGUGAAAGCCAAGAUCCAAGAUAAAGAAGGUAUCCCACCAGACCAGCAACGUCUAAUCUUCGCCGGGAAGCAACUGGAAGAUGGUCGAACAUUGUCUGACUACAAUAUUCAGAAGGAGUCGACUCUUCACUUGGUUCUCCGUCUGCGUGGUGGUUAAUUUAUUUCAUGUGUAAUAGAGACAUUUUAAUUUUGCUUUUAUUUUCCUUCUGAAAUCUUUAAUUAAAUAUAAGUUUCAUCAUUCGAUACUUGUUCUGCUCGUUUUGCGGUUCUUAACUGUCUCCGUUACGCGAAUAU